UGAACAGCUGCGGACACACGCGAAAACAGAUAAUCGCAAUUACGAAAUCGCACUGUUCCACUCAUUUGUCACUUUUUAUUUUUGUAGUCACGAGUCUGAAGAUUACUCGUUUUAUCUUUAUGCAACAAAACAAGACAUCGACGCCGGCGUCACACGUGCAGCCCGGACUAAACAAACGCAAGUAAAAGCAAAACUGAAAACGCGUCUUGUCUUGCCAGCGCACAGAGCAGCCAGUCAGCCAGAGUUCCUCAAAGUUCGAGAAUCGAAUAUUGCAAUUCUGAAAGUUUGUCAUUGAAGAACUCGAAAAUAUAAAUAUUAAUAUAUACAAUUAAAAAUCGAGGAUUCUCCAGCAACGUCGCACAUUGAUUGAAUAGCUAUCUCACGGAAAAUAUUUUAAUAAACAUACAAUGACGACAAUUGGUGAGGAUUGGGACGUGGAAAAACACAAAGUAGAGCACGAAUGUGACGAACAUUGGGAGCUUCGGAGAAAUUUUCUGGAAACACACAAAGACAAAUUUCCUGAAGAACAACUAGUUUGUUUAGCUCAAGUAUUUACAAACGUAGAGCUGCUAGGAUGCAGGUAUCCGAAAGAAACGAUGGAUCUGGUAGCGGAACUUUCACAGGAUGUAGCAAAAGAGUAUAGGGAACGGCAAAAAACAAAAUUGCAAAGAACUUUUGUUAAAGCCUCUGACGCUGCAAGCUCCAAGGUCAAAGGACUCAAAACAUCACCUAGCGAUUCUGGAGCCAACAAUCGCAACGUCUCGACUAGCAAAAUUAAUUUUGUAACAUCACAAGAAAGAAAUCCAUGUAAAAAAAUGAAAGUAGAAAGUCCACCUUAUGGACGAAUUAUUGUAAUGCAACAUCCAGAAGAAUCACCUACUGCUGUCAUACAAAAAUCAGCAGCGAUUAGCAAAGCAAAUUUAGAAUACAAAAUUGAGAAGAAAGAUGAUUGUUAUAACUGCGAAAUUUAUAUAAAUUCGGUUAAAUUGGCUGAGGGUAUUGGUACAAAUCACAAGAAGGCAAAGGCGGCAGCAUCUCUUGAAGGAUUGCCAAAACUUCAAAAAAUCUAUUACACAAUAAAGGUCAAAAGAAUUGAGAGGACAAUUGAUUGUGAUAAGAAUCAAUUGAUGGGUAGUGACGAUGUGACGCAGGAUACCUUAGCUUCUGAUAAUGUGGGUAGUAAAAUGAUGAAAAUGAUGGGAUGGUCGGGUGGAGGUCUAGGCAAAGCUCAACAGGGUAUCAUCGAACCUGUUACUGUCGAGAGGCAAUUGAGCCGCGAAGGUUUUGGUUUGAAGUUAAAUUCCACGAAUGUAUCGCUGUUCACGAAAAAAGCUCGAGAGACACUGAGUAAUUAUGUCAAAGGCCAUUCCAAAACGGAUCUAGUAUUCGCUCCAGAAUUUACGAAUGAAGAACGAAGCGUAAUACACAAAGUGGCACGUGAAUUGGGCUUGAAAGCUGCGAGUUUUGGCCCGAAAAAUAAGAGAACAUUAGUAAUUUCCCGAAAAUGUCAUCCGGCCGAUCUCGUUCAAGAAUUGCUCGCAGCAGGCGGAUCGAACGAAAAGUACGAGCUAAUCGACCCAACGGGAACCUAACAAUAAAAAUAAAGGAAUAAUAUUAAUUUUCAA